AUGCCCCUCUCUCUUCGAAUCGCUCCAGCACCGACGGCUUUCUGUUACUCUCCGACUUUGGUUACCGUCGCCGGAGGGCUCGGUCCUGUAAAGCAGCACUGCCGGAUCCCGAAUUCCGGGGUCGCGACGAGAAGUGGAUUCUGUUCAGGUGGUGUUGUUUUAGAUUCGGGAAAGAGGCGCGGUUCCUGUGUGGUGAGGUGUAGCUUGGAAACAGUGAAUGUCAGUGUCGGCCAGGUGACGGAGGCUGACAAGGACACGUUCUGGCCAAUUGUUAAAGCCGCCGGUGAUAUGAUUGUUGUCCUCGACAUGUAUACACAGUGGUGUGGUCCUUGCAAAGUAAUGGCUCCCAAAUACAAAGAGCUAUCGGAGAAGUACCAGGACAUGGUGUUUCUUAAGCUUGACUGCAACGAAAUAAACAAGCCACUGGCGCAGGAGCUAGGAAUUAGAUCGGUUCCGACCUUUAAGAUAUUGAAAGACAACAAGGUGGUAAAGGAAGUAGUCGGAGCAAAAUUUGACGACUUACUGGCUGCCAUUGAAGAAGCAAGGUCAGCCUGA